AUGGGCUCUAACAAACCUCGUGGUCUUCAAGCCGCUCGUAAGCUCAGGACUGACCGCAAGGAAAACCGAUGGGCCGACAAAACCUAUAAGAAACGUGCCCUAGGAAACAUCUACAAGACCUCCCCCACAGGAGGGUCCUCUCAUGCCAAGGGCAUUGUUUUGGAGAAAGUCGGUGUCGAGGCCAAACAGCCCAACUCUGCUAUCCGCAAGUGUGUGCGUGUGCAGUUGAUCAAAAACGGAAAGAAAGUCACCGCUUUCGUUCCCAACGAUGGUUGCCUCAACUUCGUUGACGAGAACGACGAAGUCCUCAUCUCAGGUUUCGGUCGCCGCGGAAAGGCCAAGGGUGAUAUUCCCGGUGUGCGUUUCAAGGUUGUGAAGGUGUCUGGCGUUGGCCUAUUGGCCUUGUGGAAGGAGAAGAAGGAGAAGCCCAGAUCAUAA